AUGAAGAAUUCUCGAAGACCUAUUGGUCUUUCACUUAAUGUUAAAGAAGCUUAAAAAGUAUUUGAUGAUGAGAACGUAGGACUCAUCGAAACUAGAAGUAACAUUGAAGCUAGUACUCAGGAUGGAUCAAUUUUAUGCUCUAAAAUUACUAUUGAUGAUGAACUUAAAAAACCUUUUGUAAAAAUAUUUGAUGAUACAAGAGAUCUAUCUCAGAUAGAUGAAAAUGUUUAUAUAUCUAAUUAUUAGACCGCAAAGAACAUAGAUUUCCUGAAAUCAGUUGGUAUAACUCAUGUAGUCAAUUUAAUUGGGCAUCGUAAAAUAGAGGAAAUCUAAAAUAAAAUUAUAAGGUAGACCGGGAUAUCAUCUAUUUAAAAAAGCAGUAUUACACCCAAUCGCCACUCAACUUAAUUCUAUCUAUAUAAUGACUCUAACAUUGUCUAGUCUGCUUGUAGGAAUACUAGAAAUCAAGUAUAAAAACUUUCUUUCUCUAAAUAAGAUUCAGGGUUAAUAAUACCCUAGUAGAAACCAAGAAAAACAAAGACUUAGAUUCAAUCUAAUGUUCCCUCUCAUUAUUUGCAGGUCGGAUCCAAAAGUAAAUUCCAUCACUAGAAAACAUUAAGCUAAGUCUACAAUGACAACUCUUUUAUAGAUAGAUUACCCUCUGAAUGCUCUACUGGAUCAAUUAACUAGGAAAUAGAGAGUAGAUCCAAAACUUAGCAUCAGGAUAUAUAAUACUUAAUACUUUCAAUGAGAGACCAGAUCGAUUCAGACAUCACUCUUUUUUCCUAUUCGACAAUUGAUUUUAUAAAGACCGCAAUUAAAGAAUCUAACGGAACUGCAAAAAUACUUGUACAUUGCUAAAAGGGAAAUUCAAGAUCUGCAGUUGUUGUCGCUGCAUACUUAAUGAUGGAGAGAAAACUUACUGAUAAAUAAGCUCUUGAAUAUCUGAGACAAAAAAGAAUUUCAAUAGAUCCAAAUCUAGGAUUCGUAGGAUAGUUAAUGUUACUGAACAGCAAACUUGAAUAGAAAAGGGCAAGGCUAAAUGCACAAUAACACGCUCAAAAAUAGUUCACAAAGUAAAUAUCUGCUCUUCCUCAGAAGAAAAUCCACAAAUAUAAUUCAAAUUUUAAAAUUGACUCAAAACUUGUCUCUAGAAAAACUUCCUAAACAUAGAAUAAUGAUUCAGGCUUAUAAUAGCAAAAUCAAAAGAUUUUCCAGUAUUGUCUUAAAACUAGAAAAAUAGUCUGUCGUCCUUUUGAAAAACUAGUGAACCCAGCUGAAUUUGGCUAAAAAAUUUAAAGGUACGGCCCUCUUUGUCUGCUUUAGUCCGAUAAGUUUUUCGGAUUGUUUUGUAAAAGUCAGCAAAGUGAGAUCCUAGAGUAAUCAGAUCUUAAAAUUGGGACAUCAUAUCUUCUACUAUUGGCAUAGAUGUUACAAAAGUAUGAGUCUGCUGCUAAUACUUGCUAUAUAGUAAAAAGUCGACUCAGUCAAAGUAUACCACUAUCGAAUUCCCUUCAAGAACAUACCACAGUAACUAAAAUAGAAGACUUGAAAAAGCUGAAUCUUAGUUAUCCAGAUUUAAGCAAGGGAGGAUCCAUGUUCUAAGAUCAGACCCCAGUUAAAUUAAAAUCUUAACCAUACAAAGAUUCAUCUAUGCAAAGUUCGUACCUAAGUAUGCAUAAAGGAUCAAAUAAAAAUUUUACCUCACCAGUAUCAUUAUUUCAGGCUCUCAACGAUACAAUCAGCAUCCAAAUGUGCUCUCCUGGAAUAUGA